GCGCGAGACUUCACUCGUUCAGUGAGGAAGGGCUGCGCGCGCGCUGGGCUCUGCAGCGGUUGCUGUUCUUCCAGCUGUUUUAAAGGCCUCGGAGUUUCAGCUCGAGCGUGAAGAAGCGCGUGUGUGUGUGAACGGCACCGGGCGGAGAGCUGCGGUCUGUCCUUCAGCUGUCGUGGGUGGCGAACAUCCAAGAUGACUCAGUGGCUCGAGUUGCAGCAGCUGGACUCCACGUUCCUGGAACAGGUGGACCAGCUGUAUGACGACAACUUCCCCAUGGCCAUCCGGCAGUACCUCAGCAACUGGAUCGAGAGCCACGACUGGGAACAUGUAGCUAACGUGGAGAAUGAGUCGCUGGCCACAGUGAGAUUCCAUGACCUUUUGACCCAGCUGGACCACCAGCACAGCCGCUUCGCCAUGGAGAAAGACUUCCUGAAUCAGCACAACAUCCGCAAGAUCAAACGCAACCUGCAGAAUCUGUUUGGGGACAACCCCGUCUCAAUGGCCAUGAUCAUCAGCAAGAACCUGACUGAGGAGAGGAAGAUUCUGGCAGCUGCCCAAAUCUCUGAGAACUCAACACACAGUGCGCAGAGUGACAUGAUGAUUGAGAAACAGAGAGAGCUGGACAGCAAGGUGAAGGACAUCAAGACCAAAGUGCAGGAAACAGAGCAGAACAUUAAGAACCUGGAGGAUCUGCAGGAUGAGCAUGACUUCAAGAGCAAGACACUGCAGAAUCAUGAGGAGCUAAAUGGAACGAUAUCAAGGGAAGAGCUGAAUCGUGAGAAACUCUAUCUCAAAGCGAUGUUCAUGAAACUCAACGAUAUGAGAGGGGGAGUGGUGGGUCAGCUAUCAGAGGUGCUAAACCUGGUGGAGCAGCUAGAGUAUGAGCUGAUCACAGUGGAGCUGUCUGAAUGGAAACGACGCCAGCAGAUGUCAUGCAUUGGAGGACUCACCAACGUCUGCCUCGAUCAGCUGCAGAACUGGUUCACAGCGUUGGGCGAAUGUCUACUGCAGGUUAAUCAGCAGCUGAAGAAGCUGUUGGAGCUGGAGCAGAAGUAUUCGUACCCCCAGGACCCCAUCACCCUGAGCCGGGGCUCGCUGGAGGACCGUGCACUCGCACAUCUUAAAACACUGAUCAUCAACUCCAUGGUUGUGGAGAGACAGCCGUGCAUGCCCACACAGCUGCAAAGACCACUGGUGCUGAAGACUGGCGUUCUGUUUACUCUCAAAGUCAGAUUACUGGUGAAACUUCCGGAAUUUAACCACACAGUUCGAGUAAAAGUGCACUUGGAUAAAGAUGUGACGGAGAAGAGGAAAGGUUUCCGGAAAUUCAAUAUCCUCGGGACGAGCAUGAAGGUGAUGAACAUGGAGGAAUCGAUUGGGAUGGCUGCUGAAUUCCGACACCUGCAACUGAAGGAACAGAAGGUAGCGGGAAACAGAACAAACGAGGGUCCACUGAUCGUCACUGAGGAGCUCCACUCUUUCACAUUUGAGGCAGAGCUCUGCUGGUCAGGACUAGUCAUCAGCUUUGAGACAUCAUCUCUGCCUAUUGUGGUGAUCUCCAAUGUUAGCCAGCUGCCAUGUGGUUGGGCCUCUAUCAUGUGGUACAACAUGUUGACCUCUGACCCCAAGAACCUGUCGUUCUUCGUGAACCCGCCCUCGGUGAAUUGGGGGCAGCUGUCCGAGGUGCUGAGUUGGCAGUUCUCCUCCAUCACCAAGCGUGGCCUGAACGCUGAGCAGCUGAGCAUGCUGGGACACAAACUGCUGGGUUCAAAAGCAGCCAAAGAUCCUGAGGCUCAGAUUCCCUGGAAUAAAUUCUGUAAGGGAGGCAGUGAAAAGAACUUCACCUUCUGGCUGUGGAUCGAGGGAAUCCUGGACCUGAUCAAGAGACACCUCCUGUGCCUGUGGGACGAUGGAUGCAUUAUGGGAUUUGUGACAAAGGAGCGCACCAAGGCCCUGCUCAGCGAUAAGGCUCCUGGAACUUUCCUGCUGCGCUUCAGUGAGAGUAACCGAGAAGGAGCCAUUACCUUCAGCUGGGUUGAGCACACCCCCAUCGGUGAGCCACAGGUGCGCUCGGUUGAGCCCUACACUAAGAGGGAGCUCUCGGCUGUCUCUCUGGCGGACAUCCUCAGAAAUUACAGAGUGAUGGCUGCUGAAAACGUCCCUGAGGACCCCCUGCGCUUCCUGUAUCCAAGCACACCCAAAGACGACGCCUUCUGCAAAUAUUACUCCAAACCUGCGGACAAACAUGAACCGAUGGACGUGGAUAAGAAGUCGGACGAUUACAUCAGAACCACGCUCAUCUCCGUCUCCGAAAUGAAAAACCAAAGAAAACACCUCCUCAACUGUGAAAUCCAACACGGGAGCCCGGGCUUGUCUCCUCAACACCAAGUGAUGUCAUAUCAGCAUGGCCGCUCACAGCAUGAACAGAAGCAGUCCGAGUAUAACGACAUCAUGAUGCCGCUGUCGCCCGAGGUGUACGGAGAGCUGGAGCGCAUGACUCGUGAUCUGACCGGAGAGCUUGGAGAGCUGUGUUGUGGCCUUUCUGAUGAGUGAUGGACCAACGGAGCGAAGACGUUCACUGAUCUCAACCUUCGACACAAGUGAGGAACGGAGCGCCCGGGGUUCAGCACAUCCUCUUCACACCCGCAGAUUUUUCUAGAAGCUGAACUCUGAUCAAAAUGCCUUCAUUAAAAUUUUUUUUUUUUUUUUUUUUACGCCAAAGGGGAUUUAACACCCUACAUGUGAAAAGCACUCACCUGCUGAUGAUGCACUUUUCCUCUCGCCCUUUAAAUUGGCCAGGACGGCGUCACUGCACCAAAAAUACAGAAGCACUGAUUAGAUCAGAAUUUUUAAACUCUGUGCCUGCUUGUAUUUACUCCAUCAGGAUAUUUUAAAAAACUAAACGAUUAUUUACCCUGGAAGAUCAGGUCACUGUAAAUCCAUCUCAUCGUCUGAGGAACUGAGGCGUUUCCCCUCUCGUCUCGUCCCAUCUCAUGUCGCACACGUGAGCCAGUUUAAUAUAAACCUGAUGUGGGGUUGCUUUACUCAGGAUGUUCACAUGACCUCCGUUAUACAACCAACUUAUAAAAUAGUAGAAGCAAGUGCUUUACUCGCUAAUAAAUUUGCAUGUUUAGAGUUAACCAUCCGAGCUCUAAAUCAUGCACAAAGCUUUUUUUUAUAUUUUAUUAUUGUAUUAUUACCAUGUUUAUGUUUGUGGAAAAAAAAAAAAAAGGCAAAUGUCUAAAUUAUGUGCUUCGAAAGCUUUGCUUUUAUUUGAGGCUUCCUUUGCGAAGUAAAUACUCUGUGUCGUCUGUAACAUAACUGAAUCAUAACAGAAAGAGUACAAACAAACAUAUGCAUAUUCAUUAAUAUAGAGGAUAAAUGCGUGUGUAUAACAUUCAGUCAUAAACACAGGUUGUGAUUGGUCAGACUGUCACUGGAUGAGAUUAUUUCCUACAACUGUUCGUACUUCCCGUGUGUAUUUUUCGCUUUGUGAUUUGACUUGGCUACAGAUCCUCUGCGUGACUCCACGGAGCUCCAGCAGCAACUUGUCAGAAACCUAAACGCUUCUUGCGCUACUUUAACAGGAAACAGGGCCCCUUUUUUUUUUUUUUGGUCUUUUAAGGACCUUCGCAGUAUAAAGGAUGAACACUUUCCCAGCCUGGAUACACUUGUACAACAGAUGUGUGGCGAGAUGUAUAGUACAUACCUGCAGUGCUGUCCAUAAUUAUUGGCACCCUUUGUGAAAGGAAAUCAGUGUAGCUCAGAUCAAGGUGCCAAUACUUUUUUUUUUGGGCGGGUGGUGGUGGUAUAUUCACCAUGUCUGGACACACACACACGCCCUGUGUAUAUUCCUGUAUCGAGCUGUGAUUUCCUCACUCAGUUUACUGUUGGACAGAAAAACAGUCGUCUCCACACAACCCUCUGCAGUUUAUCAGCACGGACGACGCGGUAAACCCAGCUGAUUCGGACACAUGCGUGCUGCGAGUCUUUUUUUUUUCCCCCCUGACUUCUUCUGAUGCCGUAUUACGCCUCUGCGUGUCAUAAAUCCCAGAGGCGUGGCCUCUUAACAGAACAUUUAGGGAUGUGAUGGUUUUCAGCUGCAACAUAUAUCAGCUCCUGCUCAUUCUUACGAGACACGAACAUCUCAAGACGCGUCCCGUCCUACAACGUUUUUUACACUGGUUUUGAUGUUAGCUUGAGAAACGAGUGCUUAAAUGACUGGGUUCAUGAAAAUCUUUUUUCCCCCCCCUUGUCCAUAAAAAAAGGACAUAAAAUGUCCUUAAUUUGGAAUAUUUCGAAGACAUCCAGUGUCCAUGAUGUUGAUGAUCUCUAAGUUUAAUAUCGUGCCGGAACUGAUUACUGGCUGAUGAUCAGUUAAUAACGUCAGUAACCUUUAAAUGUAAAUAAACGUAAAUCUACAGAGAUUGCCGUCAUCAUGCCUGAGACACAUCGGUGUCAUCAGUGUAUCCAGGCUGUUCAUAAAUGAGAAUCCCCCCCCCCCAAAGUCACUGUGUCAAGUAAUUUCCAUCCAAUAAAUAAAUAAAUAAAUACACAAAUAAGUCAACAAA